UCGUAGAAGACGCAUUAGACCAGCAUCUUUUUUAAUUUAAUGUAGUGUAUUUUUAAUUCAUCGUAAUACCCUGUAGCAGUCACCGGGUAUAGCAAAAUGUCGAUGUCUACAUUUCAGAAGGUUACACUUGUGUCCUGUCUCGUUCUCUGUGUUUCUCUGCUCCUUCCCAAAAUGCUGUUAUCCAGAGGGAAAAAGGAAGUGGGGCAGCCGGAGGUCGGGCCUGGCCGUUUUCCUCCCAUGAUGCACCGGCAGCAGAUGUCUGAUGGCCAGUGGGGGGCAGGGCCUCACUACUCCAGGGCUCACAACCCAGAGGCCAUUGCCAAGGCCAAGGGCGGGGGGAUCGGAGGUGGGGGAAAGUCCAACCUCAUGGGGCAGAUCAUUCCUAUCUAUGGAUUUGGGAUCCUCCUCUACAUCCUCUACAUCCUCUUCAAGAUCACCUCCAAGGGUAAAAUUGCAAAACCUGGUACCAGAUUCCCUGCCCUGAAAUCAGAGAACAUGAAGAGGAAAAUAACCGAUUAUGAGCUGGCACAGCUUCAGGAGAAACUGAAGGAGACGGAGGAAGUGAUGGAGAGGAUCGUGUCUAAAGCGGGCCACAAUCCUGACAGGAUCAAAAGCGUGUCGGCGGAGCACGAGGAGAAGCUUCUGCGGCAGCUGAAGGAGAUCACGCGCGUGAUGCAGGAGGGGAGGCUGGUGGAGGGGAUCUCCCCAGAGAUGGAGGCCGAGGAGGCGUCCUACACGGACGACUGGGAAGGGUACCCAGAGGAAACAUACCCACAGUACGAUGACGAGCCCUGCUGUAGACAGAGGUACGACACCAUCAUCCUGGAGGAGCCUGAUGUCAGUAUGCCCACUCCUGAGGAGCUGGCUGAGAGAAUGGAGGCGGAGCAGGUGGAGCCAGAGGAGCCGGAGGAAGAGGAGGGGUCAGAGGAGGAGGUCCCACCCUUGCCAGAGGCCCUGCCCCUGCCGGCGGCUCCACCCCUGCCACAGGCCCCGCCCCUGCCACAGGCCCCGCCCCAGGAUGCAGAAGCAGAGGUGACGGAGCCUCGCCGCAAAGGUGGAAAACAGAUCAGCUUCAGCGACCAGAAGGAGGUGUUCCGCUACCCAGAGGAGAGUGCCAGCGAUGACUACGACAAUAUGAAGGAGCGCCGGGUGGAGACAGUGGAGGAGGAGGACGAGGAAGAGGAGGAGGAGGAGGAAGAGGAAGAGGAAGAGGAAGGCGAGCAGAAAGAGGAAGUGGAGGAGGGAGAGGAAGAGGAAGAGGAGGAGGAAGUAGAGGAGGAGGAUCCUGAGGUGAUGGCAGAGAGUGUAAACUUUAACUGCCAGGUCUGCAGCGACCCACAGGAGCUGGGGGGUGGAGAGGAGGUCUUCCACACAGAUGAACCUGUGGAGAGGGAUGGACUGGCAGAGUCUGAGGGUGAUAAUGCGCUGGGCUUCACGGCGCUGAGGAAGCGCAACAAGAAAGAGGCGGAGUGAAAUGUCCUACACGACUGUGUUCGUGUAUAGCAAAGACUGAUGCCUGGACUCAUCCCAUGGCCUUCCUCAUCCUAGUGUGCCAGAUCAUUUUAGCCUUGUGUCAUCCCCAACUGGCCUUUCUUAAAAUCCCAGUCUAGCAUCUCUUAUCAUGCCUAAACUGGCCUUUCUUAUUAUUCCAGUACAGUGUCUCUGGUAACUAUCAGCUAGCUGUCCCAGCCCCAACAGGCUUUUAAUAGUAUUCCAAUGUAGCAUCCGUGGUAACCCCCAGCUGGCCAAAAUCAACAUCUAAAUAUUGGCCUUGAGCUUGAGCAUGUGAAUUUUAGGUCGGACAGUUCAGAAUCCCAGGAAAUUUGUGCUCUAUCCACUGACCUCCUUUGAUAUCCAGAAGUCCCCUCUCAGGUUCAGAUGAAGUUUUUUUUGCAAACUCCAGGAAGGGGAGGAAGCUACUGUUUUGGCCCUGUUUAGGAAACACCAUUACGGUUUCCCCUUUGUCGUUGAUUGCGUAAUCAUAUCAGCAAAGUUGUCAUUCAGACAUUAAUAGGAGCGAUCUCCUGGGGCAGCCUGGCUGGGGUGGAGCUGGGUUCAUGAGGGAAACAUAUCGGAGAGAUGAAAGCAGUAGCCCCUGGGAAAAACCUAAUUUUGCUUACGUAUGUUUAGCACACAAAGAAAAACAGCAAAGCAACUGCGUAGUGUGAAGUUGUUGACCGUUUUCAGCACAGAGAUCUUAGUGAACGCAGUGAGCAGACGCGUAGAGCUCCGGAAGAGAAAUGGUUCUGUUCACCUGCAUUCACAGCAAGCACCGCGAUUCAACUGUGCAGGUCUUCCACGGCAGACGGUGUUUUUUCGACUGCUUACGGCCUUCCUCACCAAAAGGCACUGAAUAACUGCAGAAGUGUAUUUCUGUUCCGAGCGCAGUUUGAAAGUGUGUGCAAAGCCUUUGAUAAAAUUUCUGUGAGUCCUCCACUUUGUGCUACCCAGUUGCCCUGUUGUUCUUCUUCGUGUAUUCAUCGCGUGCCCUCUCUCUGAGCAUCUCUACCUCUUUCACCUUCUUCCUUUUUCCUUGCUGACAUUUAUCACAUUCUGACAUUCUGCACUAUGCGCACUCCAAAGCUACUGAACAUUGGGCAUUGCACCGCUCUGUACCGGCUUUUAUUUAAUGUUCCUGACUUUGUGAGAGAACCCUAGCUAACCUGCUGUAUUUACAGUAAGCAUAUCAGACGAUUAUUUAUUUUUGUUUACUCACUUAUUUAUUUAUUUAAA